AUGCCGAACGCGGAGCCGCCGACGGCGGUAAGCCAACCCGAGCCCGCAGCGGCUCAUAAUGACGAAAAUAUGCCCAUUCAAUCAUCGAGGACCCCGGCCGAGCUGCAGGAGCUGUCGUCGAAGCGCCACGAGGUGCUCACCGUACAGUGUAAGGUUUGCAAAGAUCUCCACUUCAACUCCGAGCACUUGGCCAUGGUUUUUGUGCAUUUGCUGCGCCACGACAAGUCGAUCGGACGCGUUUACUGCUACCAAUGCGGGGAGACGUUUAUGCGCAAGGACAAAUGCAAGGAUCACCUGAGAACGCGAUGCCCCGAAGGCCACAUGGUCGUCAGGAACGACAACGACUACAAGACAGUACUGCGCCAGUGCAUCGUCAAGUACUUUCCCGAGAUGGAGAAGCGGCUGCUCGACCAGCUCGAGUCGGAUCUGCGCCGGCCGCGCUAUCAGGACGACCGGCUGAACCAAAAGCUGAAGCAGGACGACAAGAAGAUUGACUGCCAGAUUUGCAAGAAAACUGUCAAAAACUACUCGGCUAACAAGAAUCACCACGCCAGGACGCAUAUGUCGAGGAGGCGGUAUCGAUGUCCGGGCUGUGAUAAGAGCUCCCAUAUGAAGGACAACCUGAAGGUGCACAGCAUCAAGAAGCAUGGCAAGCAACUCGAGAUCAUAGAUCAACAAGACGAAGCCCUGGAAGCUGAGCACCAGCGGAUCUUGAACGACUGCUUCCCGAAACCGCCGGCCGCCGACUCGGACGAGGAGGGCGAGCCGCAGGACACGAGCACCACGCUCAACGAUUCGGGAUAUGAGAGUCACAACUCGUCGCGCCGCCAGUCGCUCGGAGGGAGCAGCAGCAGCAACAGUAACAACAGCGCCACCAGCAACCCAGCACCCAGCCAGCCAUCGCCGUUCUGGCCGAUAUUCUACGGCUUUCAAGCGAUACCGCAUCCCGGCUUUCCGCCAAUACCCCCAGGGGCCCCCAGCUACAAU